CACUCAUACUACUUAACAAGUACCGCUGCCACUCUGCGCUUUCAGUCUCCCCUCCUUAAAUACACCCUCUGUCUGUGCUUUCUCUGACCGCGUGCUCAUAUAUUUCUCUUCCAUCACCACUUCCUCAUACCCCCUUUUCUUGCCGGUCUCAACUUAUACUGUCGACCAAGUCCUACAUCUCCCAUUCUAUCUGCCCCGCUCGUUCAUUUACUUCCCCGCGUCAACCUUGCGGACUAUUUCGAUCACGACAGCCUUGAACAAUUCGAUAUUGAAACCUUAGCUACGCGCUUACAGGGCCGUCAACUUCUAGAUUGCGUCAAUUCGACCAGUAAUCCUUUCAAAAUGAGUAGCCCAAAGCGGAGAAUCGAGACCGAUGUCAUGAAGAUGUACGCGUUCCUUCCGAUCUUAUUUCUUAUCACCUCCCCUCCGCGCAGUCCUGACGAAUAACCACAUACAUCACAAAGAAGACGAAGGCAAAGAUUAUAGAUUUUGGUGUGCUGAUGGUUUCUUAGGUUGAUGAGUGACUAUGAGGUGACCCUAGUCAAUGAUAAUAGGCAAGAAUUCUAUGUCCGCUUCAAGGGUCCUGAGGAAACACCUUUCUCCGGUGGCCACUGGAAGAUUCACGUCGAGUUACCCGACCAAUACCCCUACAAGAGCCCUAGUAUCGGGUUCGUAAAUCGGAUCUUCCACCCCAACAUCGAUGAGCUUUCCGGAUCAGUUUGCCUGGAUGUUAUCAACCAAACAUGGUCACCAAUGUACGACAUGAUCAACAUCUUCGAGGUCUUCCUUCCACAACUCCUGCGCUAUCCAAACCCAUCGGACCCAUUAAACGGUGAAGCUGCCGCAAUGCUGAUGAGGGAACCUAAGAGUUACGAGGCCAAGGUGAAGGAAUAUGUGGCAAAGUAUGCUAGCAAAGAGGCCGUGGAUGAUGCUGGAGAAGACACAGAAUCCGAAGAUGAACUAAGUUCCGCGGGCAGCUACGAAUCCGGCGGGGAAGAACCAGCUGGUACGAUGGACGACGUAUAAAUGAAUCCGCUCUCUCUAUCUCCUCUUCCACAUUUAUGUCUGCGUGAGGGUAUUCCUGAAUUCGGCAUUUGACAUUGUGAGCGUGAUUACCUCGCAUCGGCAUUGUCAUUUCUUGUUCGACUAUUCACUAUUUCAUGGGGUUCAGGGUCAUGGCGUUUUCAGGGUCGGGGUCUGACAUUCAUGGCGCAACUGAAUACGGCGACUGCAAAGACUGAGUCGAAGAUUGGACCGAUGAACAACGCAUCGCUGAACUCUGGGUGUCGAUGAACCAUCUGCAGUCCGGAAAUCUCCCCUUUUUCCCAAUCUACUUAAAUACAACGAUUGUGCUAUUCUGGCUGUUUUUUGCAGACGUUUGCGCGCCCGGAUUGUGCAUAUCAUCUCAGAAAUAUCUGUUUGUGCUGUCCAUAUGCUUCUUCGAGUUUAUAGCAAAUAAUAUAACAUGACUCUAUCAUAGGAAAUUU